AUGAGCCUGCCUCUCGUCUUACUGGUCCUUGUGCCGGCCGUCACUCUGUUCGGCCUGGUCGGCAACGGGCUGUUGCUGAGGCGGGUGCUGAAGAGCCGAGCGCCCUACCGGCCGCUCCACGUCGCCCAGACGGUGCUCGACGUGUUCGCCCUCCUCCUCCAUCUCGGCACCAUGUUCGAGCUCAGCCUCGACGCCGCCAACGACUCCAGCUUCUUGUGCCGCGUCUACGCCUCCCGACUCGCCUUUUGGCUCAUGCUCGACGUCCGCGCCAUGCUCAACUUCUACAUCGGCAUGCGCUACUUUCUCGAUCUGCUGUACCAAGCCGGCCAGCGCCCAGCCCUCGUCACCAACCUACACUUGGUCUACGGACUGCUGGCCGGCUGUACGGCGAUCGUGGCCGGCGUCGGCUACUCGGCCACGGCCGAUCAUCAACCCGAUCGCGACGUGUGCAGUGACGUCUGCCUGUCGUGCCAAGAGGACACGAUCUUCUCGCGGCUGGCGCGAAUCUGUUUCGCGGUCGCCAGGACGUUCACUUUCCUUGCUCCCGUCUUGGGCAACAUUGUCGUCUAUCGGCUCGUCUUGUUGUGUCUGCGGGACACGGACGCAUUCCAAUAUCGGAUGGCCUAUUUCGAGGUGAAGCGGACACACAUUUUCGACACGUGGUUUCUGGCCGUCACGCAAAUGCCGCGCCAUUUGGUCGCGCAACUGCAGAUCUUCUUCGGCUCCUCACACAUGCCCGGCCGAGGGCCUCUGUUCGCGGUGAUCGCCGGCGUCAGCCUCGUCUAUCCUUUGCUCUAUCCUUGGUUCGGCGUCUUCUGGCGCAACUAUUUCGCCGAGGUCUACCUGCCGACUCGGCCCGUCAAAAGGGGAAAAACGGAUGACGACGACGAGGAUGAUGAUGAUGAUGAUGAUGAUGAUGAUGAUGAGUGGGAGGAUGAUGACGAGGAGGAAGAGGAAGAGGAAGAGAGAGUGGUGGUAUUGAAGACUAUAAAGUUGAAAAAAUGA